AGGAAGAAGAAUUCCACUUUAUUCCGCAUGCUGAUUAAUUCCUCUCUUUUCCCCCCACUUAUUCCUGAUAAUUAACAUUUGUGCUGCUUUACGUGACGUUGUACUCAUUUUUCGCUGCUACUUUGUACUUUUCGGUAAAUACAUCUUUGCACGCUGCUCUAGUAGACACUUGACGUCCACAGCAAACUACUUUUUAAGUCAUGUCGGUCCACUUCAGCCCGGGUUCGGAUUCAGGUGUGAAUGGGAGUGUUGCAAGGAUGGAUGAUGCUAAAGUGGAGAUUGAUGAUGGGAGGGAUGAUGCAGUGGCACCUGACACCAUCUACCACAAUAUCCGGAAGAAGAUUACGCCCUUUGUUAUGUCCUUUGGAUUCCGUGUAUUUGGAGUAGUACUGAUCCUCGUUGACAUCGUGCUGGUCAUCGUGGACAUUUCCCUGCCAGCCAGGAGCAGAGGGGUUGGAAACUCUCUGGAGACGGUGUCCCUCGUCAUCUCUUUCUUCUUCCUGGCCGACGUUCUCCUCAGGCUCUACGUGGAAGGGUUUAAAGUGUAUUUUGGCUCCAAGCUGAACAUCAUUGACGCCUGUGUUGUGGUCGUCACGCUGGUGGUCACCAUAAGCUACACCUUCACUGACCUGUCAGGGGCCAACCUCAUUCCCAGGGUGGUCAGCUUUUUGCGCUUCUUGAGGAUUAUAAUUCUGGUCAGACUGUUCAGGCUUGCGGCCCAGAAGAAAGAGUUGGAGAAAGUCACAAGGAGAAUGGUCUCGGAGAACAAGCGGCGCUAUCAGAAGGACGGUUUUGACCUCGACCUCACCUAUGUCACAGACCGAGUCAUUGCCAUGUCUUUCCCUUCGUCUGGGAAGCAGUCCUUCUACAGGAACCCAAUUAAGGAAGUGGCGAGGUUCCUGGACACAAAACAUGACGGCCAUUACAGAGUCUACAACCUUUGCAGUGAGAAAGGCUACGACCCUCAGUUCUUCCACUACAGGGUGGAACGAGUGUUCAUAGAUGACCACAACGUACCUUCUUUAGAGGACAUGUUGAAAUAUACGGCCAGCGUGAGAGAGUGGAUGUCAGCUGAUCCCAAAAACGUCAUCGCUAUUCACUGCAAAGGAGGGAAAGGCCGCACUGGUACUCUGGUGUGCACCUGGCUCAUUGACAGUGACCAGUUUGAGAAUGCACAGGACAGUCUGGAGUAUUUUGGGGAAAGGAGGACGGACAAGAGUCGAAGCUCCAAGUUUCAAGGAGUGGAGACUCCCUCUCAGAGCAGAUAUGUGGGGUAUUACGAGGUCUUGAAGACUAAAUUCAACCGGCAGCUUCCUCCUCCAAAAAGCCUGAGGAUCAAGAGCAUCCGCAUCCACUCCAUAGCAGGUGUGGGUCGAGGGGACGGCAGCGACCUGAAGGUGAAGAUCGUGGUGAGGAAGGAGCUUGUGUUUCAGUGUGCGUGCGCCACACAAAACAACUGCUCAGUCUUUCCUGACAUGGGCAGCAACGCAGCAGUUAUCAGCCUCCAUGAUGGCCCUGUGGUGCAAGGAGAUGUUAAGGUCAUGUUUGAGUCCACUGCUGGAAUUCCUAAAGGAUACGAAGACGUCCCCUUCUACUUCUGGUUCAAUACUUCCUUCAUAACAGACAACAAGCUGUUUUUAUCCAGAGAGGAAGUGGACAACCCCCACAAACCCAAAACCUGGGACCUGUACAAGGAAGACUUUGGUAUCACUGUGUCCUUCUCAGACAACUAAUAAUCAUAAUAAAUGUAUAAGGUAGGGUGUGUUCAUCAAAACAUGUAAAAGGUGUGUAGGGGGUGUGUGGGCGGGACUUGUCACCACAAAUCAACCAAGAGAAAGUAAUUUGAGCACAUAUGUGAAAUAAAA